ACAGGAGUUUUUAAUUUCUCGAUUAAGAGGGUUAUCAGAACGGGGAUCGUCAUAAAAAUGAAGUAGGACGAUUAGGUGGAUUCUUCAGAGUACUGCGUGCUUCCUAAAUAAGUAGGACUCCAGGUUGUUGACGUUCUAAAAAGAGAACAAACGACUUUGUGUGCUAGUCUGAAAUGAAAACUAGUAAAUCUCUAUCGUACAACAUUUUAGAGCUAUUGAUUUAGAUCUAUCUAGUAAUUCAGAUGAAUGAAGUAGUUGUACAAAUCAUCUUCUUGGUUUGACUAGACCGAAAAAUUUCAGGUACGUACGAUUGUUAGAGACGUGGCGAUGAUGUGAAAGAGUUCAUAUUACCAUAUUAGAGAUUAGCUACCAUCAUCUGGUCAACAGGUUUUAGUAUCAGCAUUCUACUCUUAGAGACCUCAAGGUUCGCAAAUGAAAGCCGUCUUCAUGACACACUGUUUAGAAACGAUCUUGUCUCGCCAGUGGUAGAGAUUGACCGCCAGAGACGUUCGGUGAUGAUAUCUUGGUGCGUCUUCGUGAAUUUUUCGCCCAAGCGGUGCGUCUUCUCAUAUCUUGAACACAAACAGUGGGUUUUAAAGAUUUAUUGCGGGCGCGGUGACUUUUUUUCUGAGUUAUGACUCAAUUUCGAUUCGGGUCCCCGCGUUUGAGAGAUCAACUGACGGCUGACGACGGUUGCUUCUCGGAAUACACGGUUGACGCAGGCUGACAGGUUCUUCUUGGAAUACAGCUCUGCAUACUUUCUUGGAAUGCAGGUAUUUUUUGGAAUACAGGUUCUUCUUGGAGUAGAGGUCACGGAAAGUAUGGAGGUUUUAUUUUUGUAAUGCAGGCUUGAAAAAUAUGCACGGCGCUAACAAGUGUCGCUGCAGGAUCCGAUCAGUCGCGAGCAGGUGUCGCUCCAGGGGGGGGCGUAGAGGGGGCGUUAUAGACACAGACAAGAAAUUGCAAUUGAAGAUAUUCGAAAACUCAAAUAAGAGAGUCUUGACUACAUUCCUCUUCUUUCAGUAUCUCCCUCAUUUUCAAUAGUUACGCGGUUGUUUCAGUUUAUCGAAUACUUAAGAGCUGCAAAAAAUGGGCACGCUAACAGGUGUCGCUCCAGGAGACUUGUCGCUAAGGAGGGCUGGAC